AUGGCAAAUCCCACGGUUGCCGCAAUUGCUCUUCACAAUGCAACACUCGGCAAUCCUCGUCCUCUGUUACCACGCUAUGCAAUUUACGACACUAUGAAGUACCCGAGGUAUGAUCCUCAUUUGAACAAUGUAGGAACUACGGUGUUACACUUCAGUACUGCGAAGGACUACUCGGUGUUUCGUGAAUAUUCUCUGUUCAUGAAUGCUCAGCUCACGGCAAUGAACAGGCAGGAUGCGCUUCUUAGUGUCCCGAGCUCGGGCGUCCGUCUGGACGACUUGACUCUUGCCUUCGUGAUCAACAAUAGGGAUCGGAACCGCCUCAAGACAUACAUUGCGGAUUUUGACUUGAAAGGCAUGAUACGAGCGACAAGACUACCACUCGGUCAAGCGGCGAAACGCGAGUAUCCCGCAGGCACACCGGACAUGAAUGGCCACGUUUUGACUCAGCAAGAAGCCGGGUGGUAUUACCUCCGCUACAAGGGAUUACAAUGCUUGAUGGGCAAGGAGGGUGCCGAUGCCGGCCGUUACCUGGUACGGCCAAGUCAUGAGUGGGAGUAUCCCGGUACAUGGUACUUCCAAGUUGCGGACCGAGCAGUCGUACAGUUGGCUCCUGGUGACCCUAAUGAUCCAACUCCUGGUCUUUAA